CUUCUCAAGCAAAAGAGAAAGAAAAUGGGUGCUCUUGAUUACCUCUCCAACUUUUGCACUGUCACCAGCACAAGGAGCAAGCGCAAACCAAUGCAGACCGUUGAAAUUAAAGUCAAAAUGGAUUGUGAUGGCUGUGAGAGGAGAGUUAAAAAUGCUGUUACUUCCAUGAAAGGUGUAAAAACUGUGGAAGUGAACCGAAAGCAACACCGGGUAACAGUCAGUGGCUAUGUGGAACCAAAUAAGGUGUUAAAGAGAGUAAAGAGUACUGGCAAGAGAGCUGAAUUUUGGCCCUACAUUCCCCAACAUCUAGUAUACUAUCCUUAUGCAUCUGGAGCCUAUGACAAAAGGGCACCAUCCGGCUACGUCAGAAACGUUGUGCAAGCUGCUUUACCGUCUUCGAAUGCUGCGCCGCCUGAGGAGAACAUUGUCUCAUUAUUCAGUGAUGAUAAUGUGAAUGCAUGUUCCAUCAUGUAA